GACCUAGGCGGGUGACAUUUAGCAGUGUGAGAGAAGUGCAACAAUUAUCAGGUAAAUACAUGUAAUUUGUUUUAUUAGGGAGCUUUUUCUGGAUAGUAUUUACAGCUCAAUCAUGAAAAGUUUCCAUGUUUUGAAUGGAGAAAAUUUGCAUUUUUCAGACCAUAAUUCUGAACAGGCAAGGUUGACCAGACUUCCUUACCACUUGGGUGAAGAUCAAAAACUUCCUGUCCAUCGGGUUGCUAAGGUGGCCUUGCUAUUCUGCUUACUGGUGAGUUGUAAGGCUUUUUUGAAGUAGUCAGGGGGUGGGGUAGGGUGUGUGUGUGUGUGAUGUGACCAAACCCUCUCUCCUCUCUCCUGGGGAAGUUAACAAAUCGACAACAAGCUGCAGGUGAGUGGUUUCACUGCAAAGUUUUGAAUAUUUUGUCAUCAUUUCCAUGGUCGAUAACAGUAGAGACUUUGAAAAAUUGUUGUCGAUUUGUUUUUUACAAUAACAUUGACAGUUUUGACAUCCAUUUCCUUCGAAAUUUCUUGAAAAGUUACGUGCACAAGACAGAGAGAAAGAAAUUUUGCCACCAUCACAUCAUUUCCAUGGUCUGUACGUUUAUCAAACAACGCUCUCCAUCAAUCAGCGCACAAGAAAUCACUCAGUUAUUGUAAAAUGAAUAUUUCUCACAAUUAUGAUCACUAUUUGUAAAAACGUUUAGGGGUAAAAACUAGAGAUUGUGUCUCAGGUUGUUUCUUCAGUUCAAGUAGUUACGUGAGGAUUGGUAACCCUACUACUACAGUACAUUUUGCUAUGAAAUUUUUGAAUUAUUUUGGUCUCUUAAGGGGCAUGGUGAAGGGGGUUUGUGGGGUGGGGUCCAAAUGCAAAAUUUGGUCAGUAAUUGGCAAAAAAGUUUUGUGCUUGCACUCACUUCGCGCAGAAUGGUAUUCCUUAGCCUAAACUUAGCCUCUUAAGCUUAAGUGUGGGUUUUUUUUUUUUUUGGCAUUGGCUUUUGUGCCAGGAGAUAAUUUUGAUUACUUUCUCAAGCUCAUUGGCGUGUAAUAAGCACUAUCUCAUCUCACAUCUUAGCUGCUCACCCUGAAAAAGAGAGCUCCCUAACAACGUAACAUAACUUAUCACAUGCAGUUUGUGUAUCAUUGUGGUUAUCGUUUACUUGUUAUUCUUACCUCAUUCAACAAUCCGCUAUUUCGUAAACUUUUCAACAGAUAUCCAGUGACAUUAUCCAUUCUGCGAAUAACAGUUUUAAACUCUGGUGAAUUAGGUCCAAAUUUAUGCCCACUGUGAUCUGGCUCGUUAAAAUAAGCGGCCAAAAAGCUUGGAGGAUCAUCCUGCUCUAACAUUGUACAUAAAUUAAAUCUAUUCGUUUCUCGAAGGAAAGUGACCGAUUAUAGGGUAAAUAGUGUGUUGGGUACUGGCCUUCUAUUUUCACUUCUGAACCAGGCCAAAACACCACAGCACUCUUCUUAAAAGCUUUUUGAUUCGUGAUCCACACCGGUUCUCCGUUCCACCAUUUUGAAUCCAAGUAAUGCUUUGACACGGCAUCUAAGUAGAAAGUGUCGUUGAAAAUAGGAUCGAAAAACGUAUUUGCUACGAUCCCGUGGCUUUCCUCAUAAAGUCCUGUAACUAACGUGAAAUGAUUCGGGAAUGUCUUGGUAACAAAGGUAUUGAGAAGGUGUUUCGCUUUGUGUCAUUAGUUGCGAUAAAAUUUAAAUUCGGAGUACGAACUUUCUCUAUGUAGUCCCACCGGAAACCAUCGUACGAGACCUAAAUUACGGUAGGUUGUGUCAAAACGAUUCUCUUAUUAAUCGAGGCGAAGGCGUUACGAUAAGGAAGAAGUAAGAUUAAUAUCAACAAGGGCAAUCGGUCUACAAUUUUCGGAACGGUGCUUUCACUGUGCUUUGCCAAUUCCCAAGGACCAAAUUUUGUUCUGCUCAUAAGGUCUCUCCUAAUUGGUUGCAGGAAACAAUGACAUGUCAUUCUUCCCAUUGUUUUAGUAGGAUUUAGGCACCCGAAAGUCAAAAUCUCCCGAAAUAUAAAAAUACAAAUACAAAUACUGUCGCAGGCGUGAAAUAUGACGACGCAUCACCCUAACCAAACAAUACUAAAAUUACAUAUAUUGGCGCAAUGGGCCAAUCAGAAGGCAAGAACGUUUGCUUCAUCCAAUCGAAAGAAAAGGCAAAGAAGCGGAAAUACUCCGAAAGAAAAGGCAAAGAAGCGGAAAUACUCCGAAAGAAAAGGCAAAGAAGCGGAAAUACUCCGAAAGAAAAGGCAAAGAAGCGGAAAUACUCAGCACAUAAAUCACUUGACAGAGAGAUCAUCUCUGCAUUCAAAGGUUGUUACUGCAGUAAGAGAGCCGUACAGAGGCAGAGCAGCUGGAGCCGAGUGAAAGCUAACAAGCCGAGAAGUCGAAGUACCUUACAAAUUUUUUAGCAGAAGUGUGAUAAAUUUCUCCGAUACUUCGAAAUCCUACUGUUUGGACCUUAAUUCGUUAAAUGUAAUUCAUUUUAUAAUUUAAUGUUACAGCGCGCAGACGCAGAGAAAACACAAUAUUCUUUGGUGGGCAAAGUUGGGCAGGGAAUAUACCCGCAAGGCUCGGAUAAAACCCACCGACCGGAUGAUGACCGAAUGAGGGGCCUCGGUACAUGGCGCCAUACCGAGGGGGUGCCUCAUGCCUGUACUGCAAGGGGGGGCAUAGUUCACGCGUGAAAACGCAUGGCCGGCAUAAUGUCCUUGGGCCAAGUUAACCAAGUCCAGCAAAUCCUAUAGCCCCCCCUCCCUGACGGGGCUUCAGCACAGGGCUGAAGGGGUGCCGCAGGCAGCAAUUCCCCGCCCUUAAUGAUUUUAUUAAACGUCUCUGAAUCUACAGACAAGAGAUAGUGCAAAUUAAUGCAGUGAACAAAUGUAGGAAGGUUAAGGAAGGCAAGAAACAAAGAAAAGGGGAGGGUGGGAGGGGAAAAAACUUGGUGCUGCUCAACUUGCAGCCUUCAAAGAAAGUGGCGAUUGAACGGACUGGCGCAGAAUAAGACAAAGAGGCAGGCUGCCAAAUAAGGAGAUCGCGUGUUUGGGAUAAACCGCAGUAGCGAUGCAGGCUCAAUAGUUGUUGCUUGCCAACAUUAACCUUUAUUUUAUGCUAAAAUAUCAAUUAAUGUUACAGCGCGCAGACGCAGAGAAAACACAAUAUUCUUUGGUGGGCAAAGUUGGGCAGGGAAUAUACCCGCAAGGCUCGGAUAAAACCCACCGACCGGAUGAUGACCGAAUGAGGGGCCUCGGUACAUGGCGCCAUACCGAGGGGGUGCCUCAUGCCUGUACUGCAAGGGGGGGCAUAGUUCACGCGUGAAAACGCAUGGCCGGCAUAAUGUCCUUGGGCCAAGUUAACCAAGUCCAGCAAAUCCUAUAGCCCCCCCUCCCUGACGGGGCUUCAGCACAGGGCUGAAGGGGUGCCGCAGGCAGCAAUUCCCCGCCCAAAACGCCGAGUAAUACGAGAAGUGCCCUGUGUAAAGCCCCAGUCUCUAAGACCCUUUCUCCACCUGGUCGCGAGGGCUGGAUACAGCUCUUAUCCGCUCCACGGGGGAAUGAAAUGAACCAGAGACCAUCGGUGGAGAAAGGGGAUUGAGGAGUGGACAAGCGGGUAUGAUCACGUUCUAACUUAAGAACCCAACCGAAACUAAACUUGGGUAGCAUGACUUAAUGAAUGUUCUAGUAGGACACAGUGUUCUCAAUUGUGUUACAAUGAGACAUCAUAGUGUUCUCAAUAAACAAUACAAAGAGACACCGUAGUGUUCCCAUGUUGUUUGUUUUUGUUUUUUUUUUUGUUUUUUUUGUUUUUGUUUUUGUUUUUGUUUUUUUUUACACAACAUAAGAAUGUUCGUGAUAAACAGUAUAGAGCAGCAUAACAGUGUUCCCAAAGCCAAGGAAGCGUGGACAAUAGUCAUUGCGAUGUGACAUCUAAUUGUUUUCAAGUCAUUAACUGGAUAGACAGGAGGCCAAAUUUUGAGGGACUUGGAGAAUGGUUUCUUUGGGUGUCCUGAUGUACGACUGAUAUGCAUCAGAUUUCCAACGGCCAAGAACUUUUAUGAGCCAGUCUGGAAGGCCAGCAGCCCCCGCAGUAGUGGCUGCUCCAAUGCGGAAACUGUGUGAUGCAUAGCAGGUACUAUCCAAUCCACAAACCUUGAGAAGAGCCCGUAAGUUGUUGGUGAGGGAGGACCGAGUAAGAUGUCGUCCAUCCGAGAAUUGGAAGAGGGGCUGGGUAGCUCCACUGGGAUUAGUUUGAAGCAGAUAGUCUCUUAACGCGGUGACUGCACAUACAGUAGAGUUUGAUUUGGCGAUAGUGAGCUUGGCUGUCUCACGGAAAGGGUCUGUUUUGGACUUCUUGAUGACAACCUCGAAAGACACAGGUUGGACAAUGUUGGGGUAAAAGUGGACGUCCGAUCUUGUCAGGUGGGAUUGAAUAUUGAACUUGCCGUUGUAAGUGAAUUCGCUACUACGUAGAAAGCCAAAGAACGCAAGGGUAAAAGCAGCCCACAACAUUGAAGAAUCCGUGUCCAACGAUUGGAAGGGUUUUAGUUUGGCAUAAAUUUGGCGGAGGAUCGAAAUAGUAAGAGGGAACCGGGCCCGUUUGGCAAUACCGAGGGAGGAUUUGAUCCCUCGAAGGGUCUUGUAUAGGAAGGGCAUGGAGGAGAAGUCCAGGGGACAGCCAAACUCAACAUGGAGAUUCUUAACUGCUGCCAGAUAAACUUUAAUAGUGCCAUACGAAACGGUAUUGGAUAAGUGGGUGACGAAAUGAAUUAAGGUUGAUUCACUGGUAGGGAGAAAAGGGGUUUGGGGUGAAAUGAGUUUAUGAAAAAGGCAAAAUCUAAUAAAGUGUCGCUCCCCAGAGGAAUAGGUUCGACGAGUAGAGCUGGCGAUGGACUGGAAAAUGUAGUGAGCAGCCUGCAUAGUUAGACUUUCGUCAGGAAAGGAGGGAUUGGACAGGGAACGGGCGAUGCAUCUGGUGCGAGUUGGUGGAACCGGGGCAUCUGAAAGCGAGAUAAACUAUCAGCUAUGCCGUUGUCGACCCCUGGGACGUGCUUUGCGGUAAAGGUAAAAUUAAACUUCAAAGUUUGAAAGGUGAUCAAACGGACAAGGUUCAUGAUGCGGGGAAUUUUUGAGCUUUUAGCAGACAAAACUGCGACGACUGCCUGGUUGUCACAAUGAAAACAAAUUCUCCUGUUAGCCCAAUGGGGCCCCCAAAUCAUGCAGGCAAGGUAAAUUGGGUAAAGCUCUUGCCAGGUAAUACUUAUCCCUGUGGAGGGGUUGAGCUGGUGGGAGGGGAGCCAUUUUCCCUGGAACCACUGAUUGUCAAAGAAGGCCCCGUAUCCGACUGCACCCGCUGCGUCUGUAUAUAAAUGGAUUUGUGGGGAUGAUUCUGUUGUUCUGCUCAUAAGGUCUCUCCUAAUUGGUUGCAGGAAACAAUGACAUGUCAUUCUUCCCAUUGUUUUAGUAGGAUUUAGGCACCCGAAAGUCAAAAUCUCCCGAAAUAUAAAAAUACAAAUACAAAUACUGUCGCAGGCGUGAAAUAUGACGACGCAUCACCCUAACCAAACAAUACUAAAAUUACAUAUAUUGGCGCAAUGGGCCAAUCAGAAGGCAAGAACGUUUGCUUCAUCCAAUCGAAAGAAAAGGCAAAGAAGCGGAAAUACUCCGAAAGAAAAGGCAAAGAAGCGGAAAUACUCCGAAAGAAAAGGCAAAGAAGCGGAAAUACUCCGAAAGAAAAGGCAAAGAAGCGGAAAUACUCAGCACAUAAAUCACUUGACAGAGAGAUCAUCUCUGCAUUCAAAGGUUGUUACUGCAGUAAGAGAGCCGUACAGAGGCAGAGCAGCUGGAGCCGAGUGAAAGCUAACAAGCCGAGAAGUCGAAGUACCUUACAAAUUUUUUAGCAGAAGUGUGAUAAAUUUCUCCGAUACUUCGAAAUCCUACUGUUUGGACCUUAAUUCGUUAAAUGUAAUUCAUUUUAUAAUUAUUACGCUGCAGAAGUUUUACGAUGACGACCGAGAGAACGCCAUGCACCGCUACUUGGACUUCAGGAACUCAGAGGCAUCGGUAGGUGAACCCUUUAAAAACUGAACUUGUGUUCAUACAAAGUGACGAAGUUCGCAGAUCUUUGCAAUGUUGAUGAAUUUCCUUUUUUAAAAAUGCAAAAACAAGAAGUACUGAGGUGACUCUGCUUAAAAUCUCAGCAGACGAUAAGAUUUAAGCGCGUGGAGUAUAGGACUAUAUAUUAACUUUAUUUAUAUUGACUUACUUUGUUUGCCGGAAUUUAAACAGGGCCCUUAAAACUUGAAUUGUCUUAAUAGACAAAAGAUCCAUCGACCUAGUUCUGAAAAGAGCGCCUUAAAAAUUUUAUUUGAAUUUGCCAGGUCUCGAGAGUAAUGUUGUCGGAAAAGAGCAAACCUCUAGCUCCUCAAAUUCGCUCGGAUUCCCCCGCACGGCGGAAGUGAAGCAGGGCCGUAGCAAGCCUUUAGAUACCAGGUGGCACAAAGAUUUUAGAUAGCUCUUAGUUAUGUUAUUUGAAAAGCAGAGGGUUUGGGGUCCAGGGGAGCCAUUGGACUGGUCUCUCGCAGUAAUAAUGUUUCAGUGCUCUGGGAGAUGAAUUUUUAUUUUCAACUUUAAUGCACGCAUGUUUUGACUUUUUUGGGGCAAAAAGAGACCUGCUGCAGCUACUUUUCUCCACAAUUUCGUGACUUUGCCGAACCAUAUCUUCAUUAUUGUUAACAAACCACUUUCAAAGUUAGCAACUUUGCUGAUUUUAAAGCUUUCUCCUAGUUCCAGCGGUUUCGAUGAAUUUUCACAAACUGGUACAUUUCAAAAGUUAAUAAAACCGCGUCUAUGUCUAUUGAUUACCCUGAUCUAUGCUAAAAUAUUUCGUUGAAUCUGUUUUUCCUACAUUUUUGCAAGGCACUUUAUAAACCCUAAAGUACAUUAUGACGACAUAAAGUGAAUGAAAAAAUGAAACAGCGGCAUCUGACAAAAGAGACGGCGAAAGCUAGAAUCCGAUUCUCGGCCUUGUUUGAAAACUAAGACUUUGUACCAAAAAGUUCAAGAUUCAGAGAACGAAAGAAACACAAAAACGAAACUUUGGGACCGGCUACAAACGCUGCGAAAUCGCCAUAAAAAACUUCGCUGAUGCCGCUGAUCAAGCCCACCCAAGAAUCGAUUCAAAAACUUCCAGCUUCAUCGAAAACUUUUGCCAUGUGCCUGCUGUCAUUGUUGAUAAACAAAGAUGUUCAUGCGGACCAGUCAGGAAACAGCUAUUAGUAAUACGACCAGAAGCAGAGCGCGAGCAGAGGAAAGGAUUUUAGUAGUUUAAAAUACACAGUUGCGAUCCCCUCAGUACGAAAAUAAGAGGAAAGAAGACGGAAAAACCGUGAUAAUAAUUUUAUUUGGAAAAAAGUGUCCGCCAAACUUCAGCUUCCUUGAAACAGAUCUUCUAUGUAACAGAUCUACUGAGAUCUAGACCGAACGUGCACAGUAUAUACAUUGAGUGAAGAUCACGACAAAACACGCAAGUAAUAACCCUGUCACGUCUGGCACACACAGACGUUUUGCCGUCCUCAUUUUUCUGCCGUCCUGUUGUGAAAGCUCACUAUUACAUCCUUCACUGUUGUAACUCCUCUCCCCUAGCCCCUUAGGAAGGCCUGAUACUCAGCUCGGCACUGUUGACGAAAAUGAGACAAAACUGGAUAAAUCUACUACCAUUUGAUAAUAUCUAUAACAGUACACUAAAGAAAGUGUACGUUUCCUGUUUGACCGGCCGGCGUGAGAUCCUUUUCGUGCUAGUUUUAAAUAACUGAAUGUCCCCGUUAGUUAGCACAAUUCAUCAAAACAAUGGCAAAAUACUACGAUAAAAUGAGUGCUAUAUAAAGCCUAGAUCGCCCACAAACACUCAAAUUGAAAUAAUAUGGGCAAGCAAAACAAUGGAUGAAUACUAAAAGUAAUAGAAAAAAUCAGUCAGUUUUUUAACUCAUAGAAUCCUUCUAUAAACGACUUGUAACAAAAGAAAUAUCAGGUAAUAGCAACAUAUGUACUACGAUUAAUGAAGUUUUAUAUAAAGUUUAAAUAGACUUGAAAUUAAAUGAUAUCUUCCCUAACCAUAAUUUGUAACAAAGUGAUUUCAGGCAUCAGGCUAAUUUCUAAUAAAAUAUGUUGUCUGUAUGAGAUCAGAGGCUUAAAUGCAGUAGAAAAAAUAAGCAAGGAUUGCAAAGAGUACAAAAUGUUAUAAUAUUAUUACCCGAAGUGACAAAUAAGGUCAUCUUUAUUUCAGUUUUUCAGUCAUUCUUUAUUUUGGCAGAGUAACAUGCAAGGAAGUGCCGUGAAUGAACCUAGAAAAAUAAGAAGUAAACCCAAUUUCUCUCAAAGUUUUCAUUAACUCAACCGAGGAGGAAAUAGUUAAAUUUUAUAUCAAUGGAAGGGGUCAAUGUAAGUGCUUCAAGUCAACUUUCUUUAUAACUAUUCUCAGUUAUCCCCCGCACUAUGAAACUAUACCAUUAUAUACUAACAUAUAAACGGUUCACACGUUAUUAGAUAACAUUUACUGAACGAUACCUGUGGUCAAUCAUAAAAUGAAUUGCAUAACUUUCUCCCUGCGAAAGGAAAAUUUUUGUUGCAGUUUUAACUGAUUUAUUAAAAUUAAUCAGGUUAAAUGACCGAGCAAACGUUCAAGAAUCUUCUAAACUGCCCAUUUAAUUGGCUAUCAAAACAUCUAUAUCAUUCACAUGGCGAGUUAUGACGAAUCGUUCCCAAAAGCUGUCUACAAAUCGGUAGAAUAAAGGUAUUUUGACACCUGACUCAUCUCACAUGUCUCCAUGUAUGAACUUGAUUUUUCUUUUCCGUUAAAAUAACUCGGUGAAGCCAAUGCUUACAUGCUUGGGCGACUUGUGUGUAUCGGUUUUCCCCGCCUAACAUGCUUCAUCACUUGCAUACAGGCAACAUGCUAGAUUUUCGAAGAAGUCCUUCGUCCUAAAAAGCUCGCUCCGCUUGCACUUUGCUGUAAAAGUGAAACUUGUGAGGUCGAGUUGUGGCUUGUCUACCAACAUGCGCGCACGAUGCAAUGUUAGAAAUAGAGAUGGAGAGAAGGAGUGUCAAACGUUCCCUGCUAGGUUUAACUUUACGAUAACAAGACACGUACCAAUAUUUCGAGGUAUCUCCUGUGUGUACUUUUAAAAAUUCCCUUCGUGCAUGGAAUGAUCGUCGUCCGCUCUUUAAUAACCAUGUUGUGCUUAAUGCCGGAAGUAGAGUCGACCUUGAUUUGGAACAACUCUGCAUGAAACCCGCUUCAAUAUUUCGUCGAAAAUAAUUGAUUCGUUUGUCUACUUUCAUGUAUUUCCCAAUCUGGAAGUCCAUUUACUCUAACCUGCAUUUUAACAACACCAAACUGAAACUGUUUAGAUCAAUUGUUGAUGAACACUAUAAGCCCUUGCAUAGGAAGUUCUUUAAAAUUAUGUAAAUUUAUAGCCAAUCAAAAAGCUUCGAUCUGUUGACGUCAUUCAAUUGGAAACAAGUCACGCUCAUGAAUCAGUCGCCCGCAAGCCGGUAUCUACAAUCAUCGUCAAAAUUGUUGGGAAGGCUGCUACGUACUUUGGCCUGUUUCUCGAAAUGGUUUCAGGAUCGAAUAUAAACAGAUAUACACUCCUCCCAAAGUAGAUAACUUCUAUGGGAGCAAUAUGUUUCGCGUGUUCUUGCAUCUCUUCCUUUCAGUUUUAGUCAUAAUUUAGCUAUUCUUGUUUUUUAGUUCACUCUUGAAUAAGCUACAUCAGGGCCGCUGCGCCUGGAAAUAGGCUUUGAUAGAUUCUGCUAGCAUUAUUUUAUACCCAUCUAUAAUCUAAUACGUAAGGCUUUUCAAUGAAGAGAUUGACUCAACGAGCUUUGCUCGACUCCAUUCGGGGGCUGGUUCCAAAGCAUAGCACCGAUAAAUUUAAAACUUCUUUUUAGAAACUCUCAUUUCGGUUUAGGAAGUGUUAUGAGACACUUCCCGACUUGAGCGAAAUCGGAAUUAAGCUUCACGAUAAGUUUGUUUGCAUCGUGAGAGGAAGCGAAGAUUUGUGUGUCAUCCGCAUACAUGCAUGGAGUUGUUAAUUUUAGACUCUCAGGCAAAACUGGAAUGCAAACAAUGCUCUUGCUCAUGAAUUAUUUUCAAGCUUGGAUGAACCUCGAGUAUUAAAUAAUUAAAGGAAGUUACGGUCUGAGUAAUGGCGGGAAAAUGAACAAAAGACUCCGCCGGGAAGGUUUGUUGACGAAAUUGAAAUUGAAAGGACGGUCUUUAAACUCCUCGUACUGUGGGCCUAUUGUGACUUACGAAUGGCAAAGCCUUAAAGCGUGACCACAGCACUCAUACAAAUAAAAAAUAAAACGCUUGACCACGUGGUCUCAUCAGUCGAUUACAUACCGCGAAUGUAUGUUAGCCACUACGCAUUUACCCAGCUCAAAUUACCAUAAACAUCAUCUAUCCUCUCGAGAAGAACGUACACAUGCACUGAAUUAUUCGUUUGCUUUGUUCAAGUGCACAAAUCCAACAGUUGAGUAUAAUAUAGGACAUCAUAAUUUAUACGUAGUUACAAGACUGAAAGACAUCGUAGGCACUGAUUGGUAAUGGCCAGUCCACACAGGGUUGCUGAAGCAACGAUUUGCACUCGGUAGGUAUAAAACAUGUAUCAGACUUUUACAAGGUGUUCAAUUAAUGGCCGUGGCGUGAAUAAACGACCACACCAACACGUUAUUGUGCUUCCUCAGAAAAGAGCUUUUCAGGAUAAAUGUUUAAGGUACAAGUUAUAAAUUAAGAACAAAGUUUUCACAAUAAGACUAUCUACAAUUACAUCACAUAUACUAACUUACUUUGGCUCAUGCAUUUAACGGUAAAACACCCUGCUAAAAAGUUAAAAUAACUUACAAGCCGGUUACAUUUUUUUAAAAAUAUUAUUUUUUUUUUCAAAUUUUGUCUCGAUUACCAAGAGAAAGGUUACCGAUUCUGUUACAAUUAGACUGCAAAACAGUCGGUUUUUUUCGCAAAAUCAGUAAAGAAAUCAGUAAAGCGUGGCGUAAGAGUCUUAUGCGCGCGAAGCGCGCGAGCCGCACACGUCCGUAGGGCUUGUGAGGCGCGAGAAAAAAAAAACCGACUGUCCGUUUUCCAUACAAUGAGUUCGUUCCUACCAGGGUGUUCAAAAAUGUCGUCGAGCUGUCAAAAAUCUGUUCGCAACUCCGCCCUCUUUGUGAAUUUGAUAGACUCGCGUGUUAUUUUUGGUAAAGCAGUUUUUAGCGUUGCUUUCCUGUGAAAUGUAGUGUAUAUAGUGAAAUGUAGUAUAUGUAGUGGAGGAUCAAGAAUGAGUGAAAGUGGCAUUACGACAACAAAGCCUGUGCCUGCUCCUCGAAGAGGGAGGAAGCCGAAAAAGCCGAGGGCUUUGGACAAAUUGUAGAAUGUGCGGCUGUUGUUUCAAAACACAUUUCGGCAAUUUUACGAAUGGAUGAAUAAGCUCGGAAAAUGCGUUUGUUGCGCCUACCAGAAAAGGGGAAACGUUACCAAAGUGGGCCAACCUACUGAAAAACGAACUUUUCGUUGUCCUCGAGGAAGGAGAAUCUUUCUCCACAAGAGCAGUUUGCUCUCCGUGCGGAACAACAGUUAGAAACUGCCCCGGGAAACUGCACGGCGAUGCUUUCGCAAAUUAGAGAAGAACUGAACACGCCAACUGACAAUGAACAAUUAUUGCGAUUGAAAAGAAUGAGUAAAUCCCCGGGGUAAAUCCCCUCGUUCCAAACCACGUCUUGGUGAUUUAGCUCUGUAAAUUACUAUCUGCGAGAAUUUAAAAUCCUGCCAAAAACGCUAACGAGCUGGGCCCAGCGUGACAAAACAUUGCAGGAAAAAGUCACAUUCACGGACACAAAGAAAUUCGCUUAAAAUUAUUCAAAUCCAGGAGGCUCUUUGGAGAAAUAAAACAACCUAAAACCCUUAACCAGCCGCACUGAAGAGCUUUACAUUUCUAAAGGGGCGAAGAAAGAAAAUGCCCUUGCGUCAGAGGGCAAAUCAUGCCUACCAGAGAAAAUCAAUAUGCGUGUCACGACCUCUCAGUAUUAAAUAUAUUUAAUAAGCGGCCAAAAUUCACAUUUGCUCAGUCAAAACGUUUUCCUCCAAAGCAUAAUCUACUCGACAGAGAAAACAAUUCAUAGGAACAAGCGGCAUGUUUGCAUGAGGUAAAAGUCGUGUGUUUCCUACCGAUCCCCCUUUUUUAGGGACGGACCAUUAGAAAACUUAUGGGGGGGGGCGGGCGAAGUACAAAAAAAAAAUUCGCGCAAGGGAAAAUUAAAUGAAAAAAAAUUCUUGCAAGCCAAUUAACGCCUAAGAAAUAUUCAUGCAAGGGCCUGAAAAAAAUUCAUACAAGGAAUUUGGUAACGAAAAAAAAUUCCUGCAGGUCGAAAAUUCCCCCCCCCCCCCAUAACUUUUCUAAUGGUCCGUCCCUUAGCCAGGCGAGAUCGGCCGUUGCACGGAACGUGAAGAACUCUUUGCAUGAACAAACAUCCGAUAAAUAAGGCUUUUGUCAAAUCCUGUUGGUAGAACACAGAAAACAUCCUUUCCUCUGAGUAGCAACUCCAAAGCUUCCCUCUGCUCCGAUUUUAAAACAAAUCCCAAUUCUUGCGAACAAAUCCAGGCGAUCAACAUCUGUCAUUUUACAGCGAAAGCUUUAGCAAUUCAUCACGGUAUGGAACAACGUGAAUGACUUGUUGAAAACAUUACUUGACAGCUUGGUGACAGCUUGCAUCGAAAUUUAGCCAAUGGGAAUUGCCCGUGGCUGGUAGAAGCGGGUAAAAUUCGAACGAAUAUAACGUAUGCAAAACGGACAGUCCGCAUUUUUAGCCCAGCCUCGUUUGACUGCUCGCGCGUACUUGAAUACGCAAAAAUACGGACUGUUUUGCAGUCUAGUUACAAUAGACUGUAACCGUACUCACUAUAGUGACUUUUCGGUUUUGAAUGGCACAUUACAGUUUGCUCUGUCCUUAGAGGAAGAAAGCCCUUAUAUUUACUCUAAAUUCAACGCGCUUAAAUACGGACACCCCAUUAAAACGGACACUUUCUAUGGCCCCCUCAGUGUCUGUAUUAACAGGGUUUGACCGUAAAUAUAAUGAGAACUAUGACACCAUAUUUGAAUUGGACAAAAUUUGGGGGAGGGAGGAGGAUCACAAGAAAGGUAACUAAGGAGUCACUCUCCAUGUUGCCCCUGAUAACAGAGGCUUGUAAACGUGAGUAUGAAUUUCACAUUUUGACCAUGAAGAGUUUUUAUCAUGAAUACAAAAAAUAUGUAAUAACAUGUGUUUGUACAUACGGACACAAUCAUUAAACAAAUAGUGGCUGAAUAUCUCAUGAACUCAAUUCUUGUAGCGAAAAUCGAGACGGUAAGUCGGUGUGUAUUUUGGCACAGUUACAAGACUUUAUUUCGAUUCAAAUUUAACUUUGUUAUGUUUUGCGGUUUGUGAAACAAUUGAUAUGCUAAUAUAGCGGAUGAAUUUUAAAACCUAUUGACUUCGUCAGGCUUUGUUAUCACAAACUAGUAUGCCAUUUUCAGUUUCAAACCAGUUUUAAGACAUUCUGUGACUCAUUCAAAAGGAAAGAAGCAUGCAAAUUUGAAGUAUUUCUUGAAUAGAGCUUAAGGUGCUCAAUAUUAUCUAUAAAUAGGACACAAGUCAAUUCUUAACGACACAAAUACUCUCUUCCUUAUUUACUUCAUGUGUAUGAUGAAUACAGAUGGUAAACAAAAGAAAAUACAGACAGGAUGCCAACAGAGAACUAAGUCCUUGAAAAGAUGACCCCUUAAACUUCUCUUAUAAUACCUGGCAACUGAACAUCUUGGUGAAUAACGCGGAAAGAAAGUAGUGUUAUACCUCGUUUUUUAAAGCGUUCCGGGAAGUGGCCGGGUAUUCUGAAGAAGCUAUAUCUGUUUUAGGACUAUAUUAUUAAAGCUUUGCAUAUAAGUACUUCUUAGCACUCACUAGUUCACGGUGAAAUCAAAAUUUUCAGCGAACCGCGGGUCUCACCUUAAGUGCUUUUCAUGAUUGAAGAAUUGAAAAAAGCGAUUCUGUGCCGACUUUUCUCAGCUUUUCCCGAUCAGAUGCAAGUGAUUACGAAUCUUUAGUUCUUGAGUCUACCUGCUCUAAACACCUGCUAAAACUGAAUUUUAAGUCAAAGCAAACCUGUCCAUUUGCUGACGAUGUUCAUAAGUUUUCGCAUUUGUAGAAUCCAGUCUUGCCAACCAGAAGGCUUUUUUGGUCUCAAAUUUGUAUCGACCGGUCCGGAAGUAGAAAUGCAGGGGGGAGGAGGGGGCUGUAGAAAUGACUCGGGAAAAUGACGGUCACGCGACUUACCUCGCAGCAAAAAUCAAAUAAUGCUUUGAUAGGAGCGAUCGUCGUCCACUGAAUCUUUUCGCAUGCCAAGUCCAAGAUUUAUUUACUGCUUGUUUUUGUGAAGUGCAAAUCAAUGCCGGAGGUAGUGUCAAUCUCGAUGUGGAACUGCUGUAACCUGAGAUCAGGCCCAAUUUUACCGGUUCUCAAACAUUCUCUCUAACGGCACAAAGCGAAACGAAAAUUGAGCCUGAUCUCAGGUUAGAACUGCUGUGGAACCCGCUUCAGUUUCUCGUAGAAAAGAGUAAAUGAGUCGUUUGUCUUCUUUGUCUUCGGGUUUGCAUUUGUAAAUGCUUUAAUUUAUGUACAUUUGAACCAAUCAGAAACCUUUGAUCUGUUAAGGUCAGUUCCAAGGCUGGUUACGCUCAGUUGACUUGUAAAUCGUAUCUGUUGUGGACUUUUAAAAGCAGCUGACUUAAAAGUUUUGGUACAAAGUAACAACGACGAAUUUCUUUUCUCUUCAGCUCUCCCUUAAACAGUAUUUUACAAUGUAAAAUUACAUUUUUACUCCAAAAAGAACCGGUGGACCUCUGAAUCAUGCAUUUGAUUCCCUGCUGCCACCAAUCAGAGAGCGUUAAUGUACUUACGCUAUUGUUAGGAUAGGCAGGUCACGCAACUUUUGUCGCCAUGCCGUGUAUAUGUACGGUGUGGACCGACUCUUCACCAUUUUCGCCCUUUUGUAAUACGCAUUCGUGUCCGAGCACUUCCCUCUCUCAGUAGACCAGUAAAUAUUCUGACGUUCAUGAACAGUCGAUAGGCUUUGAGUUCUUAAGGGCGCUGAAAUGGCGAGGGACUCGCGCAUAUGUGACAAUGAUAUGAGAAAGAUUUUGAUUUUUUUCUCACGUAUAAUCCUACGUUUUGGAGCUGCGACUCUGAGGGUUGUAUAUUUAUCGUUCGUGGAAUAGGUUAUUGUUUGUCAGCUAUUGUUUUUUUUGUGAGUACUGUUCAGUCUUUUGUAUAGGCCGUUUGCACGAUGACGUCAUUUUAUUACUAUGACCAGAAUCUUUUUCGUUUUUCCUUUCAUAUUUAAAUUUUGUAAUCCCAUGAGGUUUGAAUAACAGAAGCCCUAAGUAGCACAAGAAAGCAAAACCCUGAAGGAUUCUGGUCGUAGUAGUAAAAUGAUGUCAUCGUGCAAAUGGCCCAUUACGUCAUUAGGGUGAUUUCCCUCGUCCGCAAGUCCAACCCUUUGCUGAGAGAUUGUUGUGACUUAGUUAUCGUGCUUUUUCGCAGUCACAACAAUCUCUCAGCCAAUCAAAAGGCAAGCAGUUUCUGAAACCAGGAUAAAAUGAAAGAACCUGGGGACCAAUAAUCAAGGACUUCGACUUUCAACGUGGGUGGCCCUGUUCUGAUACCUGUCUUCCUCUCUUCCAAUGUUGUUUUGUAAUGGGUUUUCGGUGGAAGUAAUGUCCAUGUUCGAGGUCAACAUUGAAAGGAACAGGGAAAAGGAGGUCGAGCACAACAUGUCAACGUUAUUCCUUCAAUUAACCCAAGUUCUAAUAUCACCAGGAUUGUAUCAUAAAAAGAAGUAGAACACUUAUAAAACUAGAACUUGGAACAAUCUAUGUGGGGCUGAAGGAGCUCUGAAAGAAGGAAGUAUUUGCACACACUGCGAGUUCCGUCUGAUACAGAACUUGUUCAGGCCUGCAGUCACGUCUGCGGUUUUCAAGUCCGGGCAAUGAAAAGACUUAACUGAUAAAAUCGUUAUCAAACAUAAGGAAAAUAUAGAAGGUAAACCUGUUUACAAGUAGGCAGCUGUCUAUGAACAAUAAUAAUAUCAGAAUCUAUAUUAUACACUCUAAUUUUCUUUUACUGACUCUCCCCCAUCUUUCCCAUCUUCUGAUUCAAGAUAUCCUCGUCGACUAAUGGAGCUGUCUGUGGAGGUUUACCGCAUGCAGUAUGACGCUUAUGAGAUGCGACCACAUCGUCAGCUGGACAGAGGAGUGAGACCGCAGAUCAACGAGAGGACCAGACCCCCUGGCUGUCAGGAUGGAACUAGGUACUCUGUCGAGGAGACAAACCAAUUUCAUGGGCAGGCCCAAGAAGAUGAACACAUGCGUGCAUUUUCUCUCCCAAGGCAAAUAACAGGAAGCAGGUUAGUAUACUAACGGUGCAAAUAGCGUCCGAACAAUCUGAUUCUGUUACUACGAAGAAGCAGUGAUAUAUGGCAAGGAGUACUCCUACAAACUAGGUAUCAUGUAAUCUAAUAAACUGAACUACAGAGAGGGGAGGGUCGGUCCGUUUAUCGACAGUCACGUCAUGAUUAACAUACCCGGAAAGUUGUUGUUGUUUACAUUUAAGAAAGAGACUGGUUUCCUUUGAUAGCCAGGAACCACGCUCUUGUUCUUUAGAUUUUCAUUUAACCUCAUCCCAGAGCUUUCACCUCCUCAAAGGGAAAAGCCUUGGGACGAUUGGGGAUGAGGUUGUUUGAAUUCGGGGCCCCAGGCCGCUCGAGGCUACUAAGCCACACUAACGCGACUGAAAAGAAGUCUAUACGUUGUUCAGUGAAGACAAUAUGGUGGAAUUGUUUUACUGACUUAUCGUCCACCAAAAGGGAAAUGGUCGGAUUAUGUUCAGACUGCUGGGAACAUUUUGCUCUUCUCAAACUGAGUUGCUUCUAUAGCUUCGAUGAUCCUCUCAAUUACUCCUAGUUAUCCUUCGAGUUGUAUUACAUGUUUUUGAUAUAUUCAUUAUUUUAUCUUCAUCUUCCAUGGGUUUACAACAAACCACUGAACCGAAUGAGACCAGCCCCCUUGGGUUAAUUUGUAAGCUCAAUUCAGGGUUAGACUGCGCGCGCUGCACUGGCCAUGGUAUUGCAGAGCUCCAAGGUUUCGAGGUCGUACUAGCCUGAAUUUUACGGCUGCGUUGUAAAGGUUCCUUCUUACUGCUGUGAUGUUCUGCAUUUAAUUUUUUAUUGACUUUAUACUGCAGUUCUAUGUUUUUAUAUACAUUGUUUGUUAACUUGUCACCGUUUGAAAUCCUUUUUGACAGAUUAAAAAGAUGUUCAGUCUAACCAAUUUCAACAGUUUUCAAAAAAUAACUGACAUAAUGAUAAGGUGAUUAUUAUUUACAUAGGUUAUAUCCCCAAGAACCAGUGUCAUGCAUUGGUCAGAACUGUGGUGGAAAAUAUACUUGGAAGAUAGAGCAUUUCUCUCAGCACAUCCAGGAUGCUUUCAAUGGAAUAAUAACAUCACACGGGAGUCCUCCAAUUUACACUGGCCUACAAGAAUACAAGUUCUUCAUGCGUAUCUUCCCAAAAGGCGUUAAUGGUGGGGAUCAACGGCACAUUGGCCUUUUUGUUGGUAUGAUGCAGGGAGAAUACGAUACUAUUCUGGAGUGGCCCUUCCGUGGACGAAUCGUUCUCACCAUCAAGGAUCAAACUGGUGAUGUUAAUGGCCUCCGCAACGAUAUCAGUGGCACUUUCAUGGCGAAAAGAAAUGUGGGAGCUUUUCAGAGACCCACUGCCGCCGGGCCAUACAGCACCCUGUAUGGCUACGCAGAGUUUGCACCGAUAGCCCUGGUUUGCUCCCCACAGUACUUAAAAGAU